GAUUUGGUUGACUAGCCAGUAAAGUGCCUCAGUCUUGUGUCUGUGCUAGUUAGCUAGCUGCUAACGUGGAGCUCACCAACCUAAUGUAGACAGACCCGGAAAUGAAAGGUGUGUGUCUCUGCCAUAAGCAGCCGCAGUGAUGGAUGGUGAAGCCCAAAGGGCGAGUGCAUCUUGGGAGAAUGGCUCUCUGGCUCCUUUGGACCACCUUCGCACUGAGAGGGGGGAAAGCCCCACUCCAGGUCUGGUGGAAGGAACUGAACCAGGUGCCGGUCAGAAGAGUGCAAUGUUCGUCCAUGCACAGUCUUUCGAGGAUCUGAGUGCAGAGGCUGAGAAAGAUGCUCCCAGGGACGCUGAACUCGACAAAUCAGAAGGAGAGCAUGCAGAGGAGGAGCUCAAGGCGCUGGUGGGGGAAGAAAACAUAGAGAAGCCACCCAACAAUGCCAGUUCAUUGGAGAGCAGGUCUAAGGAGGAGGAUGUUAACAGUGAUGCGUGGAGGAGUCACAAAAAACAUGUGUUUGUGUUGAGUGAGGCUGGAAAGCCGAUCUACACCCGCUACGGCACAGAGGAGGCUCUGUCCAGCACCAUGGGGGUGAUGAUGGCCCUUGUGUCUUUUGUAGAAGCCAAGAAGAACAUCAUCCGCUCCAUCCACGCAGAUGGCUGUAAAGUGGUUUUCCUCACCAAGAGCCCCCUGGUCCUCGUGGGCGUAUAUCGGACAUGCCAGUCAGACAAGGAGCUGCUGCGGGAGCUGCAGUACAUCUAUUACCAGAUCGUCAGCCUGCUCACACUCACUCAGCUCAACCACAUCUUCCAGCACAAGCAGAACUACGAUCUGCGCCGCCUGCUGGCUGGUUCAGAGUAUCUCACUGACAACCUGCUGCAUCGGCUGGACAGGGACCCAGGCCUGCUGCUCAGCGCUGUCACCUGCCUGCCUCUGGCCACCUCCGCCAGGGAUGUGGUGUCAUCGAGCCUGCAGGCCGCCAAAUCCAAAAACCUGGUGUUCUCCAUCCUGCUGGCGGGCGACCAGCUGGUUACGCUGAUAAGAAAAAAGGACCAGUUCCUGCACCACAUAGACUUGCACCUAGUCUUCAACCUAGUUGGCUCCUCCUCGUCCUUCCGGGAGGGUGAAGGUUGGACUCCCAUCUGCCUGCCAAAGUUUAACACUGCUGGAUUUUUCCAUGCUCACAUUUCAUACCUGGAGCCUGCGUCCAAGCUCUGCCUCAUCCUGGUGUCAACAGACAGAGAGGACUUUUUUAACAUGUCUGAAUGCAAGCAGCGGUUCCUGGAGAGGUUAAGUAAGCGCAGUGCCUACCAGGCUCUAAAGGAGGCGCUAAAAUCUCCCAGUUAUUCUGUGGCACAGGUCGGCAUCCCAGAGCUCAGGCACUUCCUGUACAAAUCAAAGAGCUCUGGGCUGUACACCAGUCCAGAGUUUCCUGUGGUGUACCAGUCUGAUGAAGAACAGGAAAGGCUGAUGGGUUUGUACCAGGACCUUCACAGCUGCUUGCACCAUCCAACCAGACCCCUCUGUUCCUUCUACCGCUGUGGUGAAACUGAGAACCUGCUGGCAUGGGUGACAAGCGGCUUCGAGCUCUACCUCUGCUUCAGUCCGCUCGGGACCAAGGCCCUGGCGAUGUCUGCUGUCACCAAACUGCUGAAGUGGAUCAGGAAGGAAGAGGAUCGCCUCUUCAUUCUGACUCCUCUCACUUACUGAGCCCUUCGCUGCCGACUGACCUCCUGGACCAGAAAGCUUUGCUCUGAACGCUGACCGGCCCGGUGCUAACAACAGCUGUGAAUAAAGUAGAAGUAGUCCAGAAUCCACAUACUGUAUGAUUGUCAAAGUAUUCAUCUCUGGCUUCCGGGUUCUUCAGAUGGAAUUCACAGGUUAUGUAGAUAAUGUGUAAUGGAGA